AUGAACCGUACGGCUCGUUUACUCGACCUCGUACUUUCCGGUUCCCCACUCCGGUCGCCAGAAGAGCGUUGUCCGUCAGAAGUGCCGCGGAUUCAAGACAUGCUGUACCUGAACAAGCAGCGCCUGAUCGCGCUGGACGAGCUGCACAAGGCGGAGGCGGAGCGCGAGUACCUGGCGGCGCGCGUGGCGCAGCUGCAGGCGGAGGCGGAGGCGGGAGAGGCGCAGCGCAAGCUGCUGGAGGAGCGCCUCAGAGCCGCGGAUCUGGGCGUCGCCGCAGCACCCAGCAGCAGCCCCACCCGUUCGGCAGCGAGCAGCAAGGCGAGCAGCAAGGCGGGCAGCAGGGCGGGGGAGCCGGCGUCCGUGUGGAGUCGCCUGCUGCUGCGCGUGGACGGGCUGCUGCUCGCCAAGGCGCUCUCCGCCGCGCAGGCGCAGGCUUUAAGAGGGCUCGCUGCCUCUAGGGAUGCCCGCGCUGCUGACGUGUACGCUGACGUGGAGCCGCUGGAGGACGCGCAGGUGGUGCGCGCGCUGCUGCGACUGAUUGAUGGCAGCAACAGGACACUGCACGUGGUGCAUGUGUGCACGGAGCUCGCGCCAGUGGCCCAGGCGGGGUCCCUAGCCACGUGGAUGGCGGGGCUGUGCCGCGCUCUCCGCAAGAAGGGGCACCUGGUGGAGGUCGUUCUGCCGCUGUACUCGAGUGUGGACACGAGUGCCAUUGAGGACUUCAGAGAGGCGCCCGGCGAGAUCAUGUCGUUCUUCGAUAACAAGUGGCACAAGAAUAAGAUCUACACUGGCACGGUGCAUGGGCUGCCAGUGACGUUCAUCCACCCGCUGCACCCAGCGGCCUUCUUCCAGAGGGACCAUCUCUACGACUACGAGGACGACUUUGAGCGCUUCACCUACUUCACGCGGGCAGCGCUGGAGUACGUGCAGCAGCAGGGCAAGCAGCCGGACGUGCUGCACCUGCACAACUGGCACACGGCGGUGGGCGCACCGCUGUUCUGGGACAUCUACCACCACCAGGGCAUGCCCGACACCCGCAUCCUCUUCACCUGCCAUGACGCCCGCUUCCAGAACGCCCAGCCGGCGGGCAAGCUGGCGCAGGUGGGGCUGGACCCGUCGCAGCUGAACCGCCCUGACCGACUGCAGGACAACCGCGACCCCGCCCUCGUCAACCUGCUCAAGGGUGGCAUCGUGUAUUCCAACAAGGUCACAACAGUCUCGCCCACGUAUGCCAGUGACAUGAAGACACGCGAGCAUGGAUGCAGCCUCGAUGGCACCGUCUCCAUCCACAGCCAGAAGUUCGCUGGCCUGCCCUCCGGUCUCGACCAAUCCGUAUGGGACCCGACCCGGGACCUCGCACUUCCCGUGCCACUCGCAGCCUCGGAUCCCAUGCCUGGCAAGGCAGUGGCUCGGGCGGAGGUUCGGAAGAGGCUCGGGCUGCCAGUGAUAGACUCGGCAUCGGGGUUGGAGAGGGCAGUGGUGGCGUAUGUGUCACCGCAGAUAGGCGAGGCGGAUGUGGAACUCAUUAAGGGAGCACUUGCAUGCUCCCUCGCCUACCAGGCCCAGUUUGUGCUGGUGGGGGCAGCACGGUCGUCCAAGGUGCAGAUGGCCCUCGAGGAACUGCAGAGGGUGCAGCAGGACCGCAAUGCACACCUGGAGAUCGUGUACGAUGAUGAUUUGGCACAUCUGGUGGUGGCGGCGGCACACGUGCUACUCUGCCCGCCCCUCCGCGACCCCUCCUCACACUUGCCGCUGGUGGGGGCACGCUACGGGGCUGUGCCUGUGGCCCGCCAACUGAUGGGAUCACCUGACAGCCUAGUGGACGUGGAUGACCCGCGCCGCGGUGCCUCAGAGGGAGCGGGUUUCUUCUACGUCUCCGACAAGCCGGCUGACGCUGUCACCUCGCUCACCCGCGCCCUCAAGCUCCUCAUCCGGUUCAUUCUCCUUCAGAAUCGGCAGGGAAAGACGCGCCUGGCCAAGUACUAUGUUCCGCUAGAGGACUCCGAGAAACACAAGCUAGAAUUCGAGGUUCACCGGCUGGUGGUCCAUCGCGAACCUAAAUUCACAAACUUUGUAGAGUUUCGCACGUACAAGGUGAUCUACCGGCGCUAUGCAGGCCUCUUCUUCUCCCUCUGCGUUGACCUCACGGACAACGAGCUGGCGUACCUCGAGAGCAUCCAUCUGUUUGUGGAGAUUCUAGAUCACUUCUUCAGCAACGUCUGCGAGCUUGACCUGGUCUUUAAUUUCCACAAGGCCCACUCCCGCGAACCGACUUCAGUUCAGUUCGGACCGCCCAUGAAGCAGCUGGGGGCCAUGCAUCCCCAAGAGAAGCCCUUUCAUGCCACGUCAUUGGCCGGGCUUCUGCAAAGCGAUCUCCCAGUCCUCUCAUGUCCCUUAACGCGUUUCAAGCGGCAGCGGCCACCGACUAUAGAUAUCCCGCGUAAGGGCUGCUUCACAUCGUCGCCGGCCGGCACGCCGGAUUCAGCGGCGGAGGAUGCGCUGGACGGCGUGGUGGAGGUGGCGGAGAGCGGCGCGUGCUUCGCGGUGGCGUGCAAGCGCGGGAGGAAGGCGGUGAUGGAGGACACGUACCAGGCGCUCAUGGGAUUUGCAGAGCGCGAGAGCGAUGCGUUCUUCGGGGUGUUCGACGGCCACGGCGGCACAGCAGCCGCCAAGUUCGCAGCGGCGGAGCUGGCGAGCCACGUGGCGCGGGCAGCCGCGCGCACAGGCGGGCAGGCGAGUGCGGCGGCGGUGGUGGAGGGGUACCUGGAGACAGACAGGCGCUUCCUUGACCAGAACGUCGCCAGUGGCACCAGCUGUCUCACCUGCUGGGCCACGCCUGGGCGGCUUCUUCUGGCGCAUGCAGGUGACUGCAAGGCGGUGCUGGUGAAGGGGGGGAGAGCUGUGGCGCUGACAGAAGACCACCGGGCGAGCAGGGAGGACGAGCAGGCCCGCAUCACCGCUCUGGGUGGCUUCGUGGACACAGCCACGGGCAUGCCCCGCGUGCAGGGCAUUUUGGCAGUGACACGGGGAAUGGGAGACGCGCACCUCAAGUCGUUUAUCACGCCACAGCCGGACGUGGCGCAGGUGCGCGUGGGGGCGGACUGCAGCGCUCUCAUCCUGGCCUCAGACGGGCUCUGGGACGUGGUGGCGCCGCAAGACGCUGCUGACGUGGUCACAGCUUGUGUCGUUGCAGCGGUGGAGGCACGGGCAGCAGCAGGGGAAGCACAGGCGGCAGCGGGGGAGGCAGGAUCAACAGCAUGUGCACUUCUCAGACCGCCUGCCUCUCCGCCGUGCAAACGGGCACGCACGCAGCGCACACAGGGCUGGUCGGCUGAGCCACGGCAGGAGAGGGAGGGGACGAGGGAGAGGGAGAGAGAGUGUAGGAAGGUUUUCAGCAGCCCGCUGGGCACACCUCCCUGCACACCACGCUCGCACGCAACUCCCACCACCCCUCCUUGCACCCCCCAUUCCCGCGCCUCCUCCACCCCACCUGGCAUGCCCCGCCCACCCAUCCUCAACACUGCCACGACCACCACCACUGCCACCGCCACCGCCACCACCACCGGCACAAAUACUUCCACCACCACCACCCCACCCACGCCCCGCCGCCUCUUCUCUCCUCACUCCAUAGCCCGCCCUCCUUUCACACCUCCAUGGCUCGAUGCCCCGUCCGAACCGGCUGUGUGUGUGGGGCCACACGCUGUAGCAGCUGAGGGGCCAACUACUGUAGCAGGACUCCCACAAGGAAGUGUAGCGGUUCUGGUAGGCAAUGAAGAAUCUGAAGGUGAUGGGAACAAGAAGGGUGCAGGGAAUUUCCCCAAUGAGAUGGGCAAGGGAGAUUGCAGUGGAGGUGGGGUUAGUGAGGAGGGAGGAAGUGAGAGAGUGACAAGAGGGUUGAAUGGGGAGGUGCUGCUGAGUGCGUGCCAGGCAUUAGUUGGCAUGGCAGCAGCACGGGGCAGUAGGGACGAUAUCACUGUCAUGCUUGUGUCGCUUGCUCCGUUUGCUGAGUCAGCGACAUCCUAG